AUGGCCCGGUGGGGCCGCGCUCAGGUACCGGCGGGACCCCCCGGCACCGCCACCCCCGGACCCCCGGCGGGACCCCGGGCCCGGCCGCUCCUCACCGCCCUCUUCCCCCCGCAGCAGGACCCCGAGUGGGCGCCCGAGGCCUGGCAGGGCGCGGGCCCCGAUCCUGGCGCGGGCCCCGGCGGGGCGGCCCCGGCGGGGCUGUCGCUGCGGGCGGUGGCGGCGGCGGAGCGGCGGCUGGAGCGGAGCGUGGAGGCGGCGGAGCGGCGGCUGGAGCGGCUGGAGCGGCGCGUGGCGGGGCUGGAGCGCACGGUGCGGGCCGGCGGGGCCCGGCUGGCCGCGCUCCUCAGGGACAACUCCCGCCGCCUCCGCCGCAUCCAGCGCCAGCUCCGCCGCUGCCGCUGCGGGGGCACCGGCACCGGCACCGGCACCGGCCGGCAGCGGACACAGGUGCCAGCGGCAGGCGAGGGUGAGGCGGGCACUCUGCCGGAGCAGGAGCUGGGGAGCGCGGACAGCCGGGAGCUCCGUGGGAUCGCCAGGAAGGGGAAUUACGAGGCCAUGGUCCCUCUUGGGUCUGAGGAUGCUGGUUCCAAACCUGCACUGCUGCCACUAGCCGAGGACAGGGAGGAUCCAGGGAGCCCUGGGCUGCCGGAGAAGGGAGCGGUGCCAGGACAGCUUGGUGACAGUGAGAUGGUUGUGAUCAAGACAGAAGAGCAGCAGCCGCAGGAGGACGGAGCUGAGCUCCUGGCACUGCCGAUGGUGCCCGCGGUCAGGCUGGACGAGGAGGUUCCCCUCAGCCAGGAGCAGCCGGUUUCCUGGGAGAGCCACGGCGUGGCCGGGCCGAAGGCUGCCGGAGCAGGCUUGGGGGAAUUCUGCCUGGGGGAAUUCAAGCCGGUGGUGGUGCCGGUGGAGGCUCACCCUGCCCCGGGCCUGCCCUUCCCCACGGAGCACGCGCUGGGCGUGGGCACGGAGCAGCCAUUCGCCCUCGCCCAGGGAAUGCCGCUGGGAGAAGAUCCCGCGGCCGAGGUGGCGUCGCCGCAGCCCGGCUGGGAGCAGCAGAGUCUCCAGGACGACCCUGGGGCGCUGCCGCCGGGCUGGAAAAGCGUCCGGCUGACACGGAACCUCCUGGCACGGCAGCAGAGCCGGGCGAGGAAGAGCAACGGCUCCUUCAUCUGCACGUCCUGCGGGAAGAGCCUGGCCCACCACGCCGCGCUGCUGCGGCACCAGCGCCUGCACACGGGCGAGCGGCCCUUCCAGUGCCCGGCCUGCGGCAAGAGCUUCAACGAGAAGUCCAACCUCAACAAGCACUACCGGAUCCACACCGGGGAGCGGCCGUACCGCUGCCCCGCCUGCGGCAAGGGCUUCGUGCAGAAGCACCACCUGCAGAAGCACCAGCGCAUCCAUGGGCCGCAGCUCCGCAGCGCGUGGCCGGGCCGGCCGGCGAGGGCCGGCGCCACCGGGGAGCGGCUCUACCGCUGCAUCGAGUGCGCCGAGAGCUUCCCCCAGAAAACAUCGCUGGAGGAGCACCAGCGCCGGCACACCCAGCAGCGCCCCUUCCAGUGCCACGGCUGCACCAAGAGCUUCCGGCACCGGCAAUCGCUGAACCACCACCAGAAGGUGCACGCCGUGGCCACCUCUCCGGCCGGCAGCUUGCCGGGACACGAGCCCGAGCUGGAGCCCUGCGAGGCUCUGAGCCAGGAUAAUCGGUAGCCAGAGGGCUGGAGAGGGGAAGGGACAGUGGUUCUUCAGCGUGUGACACACCGGGCAGCUGGGACUUGUGGAAGCACCGGGAGUUUGUCCAUGAUGCUGUGGGAUUUGUGGCACCACCUGGGUCUCAGGAGGAGGAGCAGGAGGAGCAGGGAGCUGCUGUGCUGUGCCGGCGGGGAAGGGCCCAGGGUGGGAUGGGAUGGCCACGAGGCAGCAGAGGAGGGGAGGCUCAGUGGCUGAGCCGAGCCGGGUGGUGUCGCUGCCCCAUGGAUUCAGCACAGGAGCGGCUGUGUCAGAUCCCAGGGUGGAACUCGGGUUGUUUGAACACCACCACUUGCAGGGAGUGGUCAGUGGCCUGGGGGCAGCUGAUAGCCCUGAGAGGCUGUGGGGGC